AUGUCUCUUGAAGCUCUGUCAUCAUGGGGCUGGACUUUGACAUCCUGAUGUUCUAGUGAUUGAUAGUUUGUAUUUCUUGUAUUGAACUUUUGGGUUGCUACAUUUGAUAAUCAUGCAUCAUUCCCUUUUAGAUAAAUGAUAUGAAGGGUAGUUGUUUUGUUUGUUCUGAUCGACAAAGGAAGUGAAAGUGGGAAACUGAUUGUUUGUAGCAGAUGAUCGAUUGAUUAUUCAAUAAUGUCAAGGAUUCCUAAGAGGAAGGUUGAGAAGGUGAAAGUAAAAGUGGUUUUUCGGUUGCAGUUCCACACGACACAUAUUCCACAAACUGGAUGGGAUAAAUUAUUUGUAUCUUUCAUUCCUGCUGAUUCUGGAAAGGCAACGGCAAAGACAACCAAAGCUAGUGUCAGAAAUGGGACAUGCAAAUGGGCAGAUCCUAUCUAUGAGACAACAAGACUUCUCCAAGAUCCAAGAACCAGAGAAUAUGAUGAAAAGAUGUAUAAACUUGUUGUGGCAAUGGGUUCUUCUCGGUCCAGCUUCGUUGGUGAGGCUAACAUCAACCUUGCUGAUUAUGCUGAUGCAUCAAAGCCUUGUGCUGUUUCUCUGCCUCUUAAUUGUUGCGACUCGGGAGCUGUUUUACAUGUCACAGUCCAGCUGCUUACUUCUAAAACAGGGUUCAGAGAAUUUGAGCAGCAAAGGAAGCUUAGAGAGAAGGGGUUCCAGAUGUUGACCAAGCAGAAUAUUCAUGAUGAACCUGUUCAAAAGUUAUUAGCUUCCACAGAGAUGGCCAAUGAUCAGGUCAAUGUGAGAGAGAGAUUCAAUUCAGAAUCUAGGGAGCUUCCUUCGCUUGAGGAGGAGGUGUUGAAUGAAGAGUACACAGUCUCAGCUGUGGGAAUUGAUGGCUCAUCUAACAUGUCGGAGAGCAUUUAUGCUGAGAAGCAUGAUACAUCUAGCAUGCAUGAAAUUGAUAGCCUCAAUAGCACAUUUUCUGGUGAAAUAGGUGGGCUUCCCCCGAGUCAAAGCCAUCAACCUGAGAAAAGGGACCUCUCUGAUCAUCAGAGUUUGCAACCGGGGAGCAGUGACUGGGGCCAGGGCUGGAGUUCAGAUUAUUCCUUGGAUAAUGACUUUACAACUGCUUAUGAAGAAAAUAGUCAACUUAGAGAGAGCUUGGAAUUGGCUGAGUCUUCUAUCUUAGAGCUUGAGCUUCUAGUAAGCACUUUACAAAGUCAUGCAGAUGAAUUAGGUGCUGAAACACAAAAGUUUUCUGAGCAGCUUGCUGCCGAAAUUGCUUCUGGAGAAAGUUUGGCAAAAGAAGUUUCCUUGCUGAAAUCAGAGAGUUCAAAGUUCAAAUUUGAUUUUGAACAGCUUAAGCAUUCUAGAUCAAGCCGUCAGAUAACCAAUAAGGAGAUGAUUGAGAAAGAGCACAAUCACCUAUUACUGGAUGUGCAAGUGAAAUGGAUGCAGAGUCUUUUGGUUAUGGAGGAUAAACUAAGGGAGGUCCAAAAUAAAUCACGCGUCAGGUACAGUGAUUGUGAUUCCAGUUUCCUCUACCCAGAUUUAGAGGCAUUGCAAUGCAUCCUGCAGAAUCUUAAACAAGAAGCCACAGAAGUAGCUUCUGCGAUAAAUCUACUACCAAUGGAAGAAGCAGAUAUAAAGGGUAUUGGAGCAAUGACUGCACAGAGACCUGAACAUUUUAUUACUGUUGAUGGGGAAAAUGGGUUAGAGGUUUUUGAUGCCAACCAUCCUCAAUCUGAAGGUAUGCUUCACCACUUAUGCAGAUCUGGUCAAAUUUCUGGGGAAUCCGGACCUAUUGAUGUUACAUCUGCAACAGAAGUCAAAUUUUGUGAACUUCUAAAGGAGUUAGAAGAGUCAAAAGCUGAACGGGAAAGCCUUGCACAGAAAAUGGGUCAGAUGGAGUGCUACAAUGAAGCUCUUGUUCAUGGGCUUGAGGAAAAUCAGAAGCAAAUGCUGGGAGAGUUGCAGAGCCUCAGAAAUGAGCACUCUAAUUGCCUGUACACAAUUUCUUCCUGUAAAACUCAGAUGGAAACAAUGAUCCAAGAUAUGAAUGAUCAGUUCUUAAGGUUUGCCGAGGACAGGCAGAACUUGGAGUCUCUUAAUAAGGAGCUUGAGAGAAGAAGUAUCACCUCAGAAACAGCACUCAGAAGGGCCUGCUUAAAUUAUUCUGUCGCAGUGGAUCAGUUACAAAAGGACCUUGAACUGCUUUCUUUCCAGGUAUUGUCCAUGUUUGAGACGAAUGAAAACCUCAUCAGGCAAGCUUUUGCAGAAGGUUCACAACUCUUUUUUCAGGAGUACCUGGAAACAGUGGAUAAGGUUGAUGCACCUUUCCUAGAUCAGCAUAAAACACCCACUCAAGGAAAUCAAGCAGUGGUCAAGGAAAGUGAGAAAAAAGAGAAUGCAAUCCCUUCUGACCAGCUGAUUCAAUUUAGGAAAGUUCUUACAGAAAAGAAGAGUUUGGCAACAUGCACUGAUUUAAUUGCUGAUCCAAGGAUAACUUUGGAUCAUAUGGACCUUGUGGGCUGCCCAAAGGAUGAGCUUCCUGGCAGGGAGACUACCCUUGAGUCCAAGCUGGAUUUUCUGGAAUCUGAAAAUGCAAAACUGCUGCUGUUUCAGAACCUGAAUUCAAAUCCAAGAAAACAGUUAUUUGGUGGUGAGAUUCUUUUGGAGGACUUAAAGAAAUUGUUUCACUUCGAGGAAGAUCGUUAUCAGAUGGUCGAAGCUGAACUUAAUAAGAUGUAUGUGGUCAACAUGCAUUUGGACGUGCUUUCAAAGGUUCUGCAAGAAACAUUGCAUGAAACAUGUGAUAGCUUCAGGUUUAUGACAGAGAAGAUAGAUGAAUUGGCAUGGCAGCUUGAACAUUCAACUGAGUCUAAAGAAUUAUUGAUGCGUCAACUGGAAACCGCACUGGAUGAUGUAAACACACUCAGCGAGUACAAGGCUAGUUGUGUCACCAAAUGCAAUGACUUGGCUUUGCAAAACCAAAUUCUAGCAGAAAACUUGGAAUCCAUUUCCAAUGAAAGUUGUCUUCUGACUCAAAAGAUCGUGGAAUAUGAAGGAUUAGUGAUGGAAUCCAGAAGCUACAAAAGCAAAUAUUCAGCAUGCACUGCAGAAAACUUGGAACUAGCAAAUUUAUUAAAACAGGAAACUUUGGAGAAAGCAAAUCUUCUCAAUGAAGUAAGUUCUUUGCAAGAAGAAUUGACUGCUGUCAAGGUUGAAUUUGAUAAGCAAGAUUCUGUUAGGGACAAUCUGGAAAAAACUGUCAUCUUUCUGCAAGAUAAGUUGGGGGAUCUGAUAUCAACCAUUCUGUCCUACGGUGAGCAACUCAAUGCACCCGUUCAAGGUAAAUCUCUGCAGAAGGACUGGGGAAACAAUGAUUUAAUCCAUAACGUCUUACAUUUGGGAGAGCUUCAGAAGAAAACAUGUGAAAAGAUUAUUCAAGUCACCCAAGAGAAAAAGGCUAUAGAGGAAGAAAGGGAUAUUGCUCAAAGGUCAUUAAUUGGCACAGAGACAGAAAUUUUCAGCAUGAAGCAGAAGUUUGCAUCUGAAAUACGAGGCAUGGUGACUGGACUAGCUCUCUCCCAUGCUCAUGUUGAAAAGCUUCAGCUAGAGCUUGAAGCUUUUGCCAACAGACUCAAAUUUAGCUCAGAAGCUGAAGAAAAAUAUGCAAAGCAGAACCAAGUACUCUUCUCAAAAGUGGAAUCAUUGGAAGUUGAGCUGCAACAUGUUAUUACUGAGAGCGGAGAUCUUGCCAAAAGAAUUAUGGCCUUGGAAAGUGUGAAUGAGGAGCUUGAGAGAACUAGGUUGUCUGUUGUUAAUUUUAGAGAAGAAAACCAAGCAUUAGUGACAUCCUUAGCAGCUGGCAAUGAGGAAUCUGUCAAGCUGGCAGUGGAGUUUGAUAGUGUAAAAGAAAGUUUGAGGUGUGUGAAUGCUGAAUUGAACUUUGAGAAAGGCAUCAGAGCUGAACUAGAGGGCACAGUAGCAGAUCUUACUGCCCGAUUGAAUGAGAAACAUGACCAACUGUUUCGUUUUGAUCAGCAGAAAGCCGCACUACUCAAUCUAGAACAACUAGUGUCUGAUCUAGAAUUAGAAAAAUCAAGAGUUGGUGGUCUUUUGUUGCAUAGUGAGCUAUGCUUAAAAGAGGCUGAUGAAAAUGCUUCAUCAUUGCGCAUCCAAGCAACUGAACUGGAAACUUGCCUUGCAGAAGUAUUUGAGUAUUUGUUAGCUUCCGAUAUUGAAAUCAUUUUCACAAGAAAUCAGUUCCAGACCAGGAUGCAGGAACUUUUUCAGCAACUUGAAUCUUUUGAUAAGUGCCAUGAGGAACUCUCUAUGAAGCAUCUUGAUGUAUUGACCUCACUGAAUAGGCAUAUUGCUAUUGAGGGACAGUAUGUUGAAGAAAAUUCUCGACUGUUGACAGCUCUUGAAUCACUAAAGUCUGAGUUAGAAACCUUGGUUACUGAGAGAAAAGUUCUUCUCGAUAAAGACAGAGUAAGUUCGGCUGAACUUGAGAAAUUUAAGACUAAAGCUACACUUGCAGAAACCGGUGAUGAUAUCAAUGAUAAUCAGUGUUGUGAGCUUGAGGUUGAACAAUUGAAACGCAUGAUAUAUAUUUUUGAAGAAGAGAUUAAUAGUCUGAGAUCCUCCAGGGAUGAACUGGAAGUCACACUUACAGUUUUCAGAGCCAAGUUAUUCGAACGAUAUGCUCAGAUAUCAUUGCUGGAGGACCAUGGUGACGAACUGAUGAUGCUACGGAACCAGCACAAUGAGCUGACUCACAAGCUUUCGAAGCAAGUUUUGAAGACAGAAGAGUUCAAGAACCUUGCCUUCCAUUUAAAGGAACUUAAAGACGAGGCUGAUGCUGAGUGUAUCCUUGCUCGAGAAAAAAGAGAAAGUGAAAGACUGUCAGUCACAAUGCAAGAGUCCCUGAGCAUUGCUUUUAUCCGAGAUCAGUGUGAGACAAACAUGCAAGAUCUGAGAAACCAGCUAUAUAUUUCCAAGAAGCAUGGGGAAGAGAUGCUGUUGAAACUGCAAGAUGCCCUUGAUGAGGUUGAGAAUAGGAAGAAAAGUGAAGCUUCUCACAUAAAGAGAAAUGAAGAGCUGUCAUUGAAAAUCUUGGAAUUAGAAACUGAGUUGCAGUCAGUGCUUUCUGGCAAGACAGAAAUGGUCAAGGCUUAUGACAGAAUGAAAGCUGAACUGGAGUAUUCAUCAAUAAGCCUUGACCAUUGGAAAGAAGAUAAACAAAAGGUUGAAGCUUCCUUACAAGAAUGUGAGGAGGAAAAGUCUAGAAUUGCGGCUGAGCUUAGCUCUAUGAGAAAGCAGCUGAGAAGUGCAUUGAAUAUCACUAUACGAGAGGAAGGAAAUUCUGGACCAGGCAUUGGGAGAUGUAUAUCCAGUGAGAAAUUUAUGGAUGUUAAACAAGAAGCAUCAUUGGAGGGUGAUCAAGUAGAAGAUGUGUGCCAACUUUCUUGCAAUGAAAGUAGCCAGUCAAGUUCACAGAUGACAUUGCAAUCCAUAGAGUUUCCUGCUUUGUCAUUUGGCUUUGUUGUGCUGGGUAGCCCAAUGCCUAUGGGUGAAAUAAUUCAAAAUAAUGGGAAGAAUGUAGCUCUUAUCAGUGACCAUUUCAAAGCCCAAAGCUUGAAGUUUAGUAUGGAUCUCCUACAGAAGGAGUUGAAAAGAAUAAAAAAUGAAAAUUUGGCUUCAUCUCUUCCAUAUGAUGACCAUCAAUGUGAACCUGCUUUUCCGGGUCUACAAAAAGAACUGUUGCAAUUACACAAGGCAAAUGAACAACUAGGGAGCUUAUUCCCCUUAUUUAAUAAAUUUUCCACAAGUGGAAAUGCAUUAGAAAGGGUAAUUGCAUUGGAAAUUGAGUUUGCAGAAGCAUUGCAAGCAACGAAAAGGUCAAGUGUCCAUUUCCAGAGUUCAUUCCUGAAGCAACACAGUGAUGAAGAAACUAUGCUCCAAAGCUUUAGAGAUAUCAACGAACUGAUCAAAGACAUGUUAGAACUGAAGGGAAGAUACAGAAGAGUCGAAAACAAGCUGAAAGAGAUGCAUGAUCGUUACUCUGAAGUCUGA